AUGUCUGAUCUUCCGUCUUUAUCAUCGCACUUCGAGAGAAGACGAAGACCACCAGCAGCUAUUAUCUGUAUAUUAUCUUUUAUACUCUUACUUUGUCUUGCGAUUGUAAUUGUCAUUCCAUUGGUUUUGGCUAUUACAAAAACAGGUCCUUUCGCCGCAACAGCUAGCGUUGACCAAACAACUGUAACAACCACCACGACAACAACAGCAACUACGACGACAACAACGACGACAACAACCACUACAACAACGACGACAACAACCACCACAACAACGACGACAACUACCACUACAACAACUACAACCACCACAACAACAACAUCAACAACGACUACAUCGACCAGCACAACGACAACAACCACCACGACGUCAAAAACGACUACAUCGACUACAUCGACCAGCACAACAACAACAUCAACAACAACGUCUACCACUUCUACAACUACCACCACUACAAUCAUUCUUCCAGUACAAUGUUCCAGCUACACAACGAAUGUGGAUUCAACUCGACGUAUUUCCUAUAUGGGUACCAGUACAUGCGAUUUGACGUUAUUUGGUACAACAGGUACUUGGGUUCGUUUCAUGAGUCCAGCUGGCGCCACCAUGCCAACCUCAGCUCCUAGUACUUCCACGUGUGGCACCGAUGCACCCGGUUGGUUCAAUGGUGCAUAUCCAUCUACGGCUGGAAGUACUACGACUGGUACGGUUUGCUAUAAUUGGGCUGGAAAUACAUGCAAUUGGUCGAAUUCGAUUCAAAUUACGCAUUGUAGUACUUUCUAUGUGUUUAAACUUAUCAAUACACCAGUGUGCAAUCUACGAUAUUGUACUGUGUAA